GGACUGUGCAUAAAGCAGCGUGUGGCAUCUUUGUCAUUGUUCAUUUAACAUGAUUUCUUUCUGCAAUCUGGUGCGAUCCAUCGCACUGGGAGCUGCUUUUGUCUGCGGUUGUAUCCUGGGGAAAAGUGAAUAUUCCAGAAUGAGCAACUCCACAAGAAACCGUGGGGGAAAAAACAACCCACUGCUGCAGUAUGUCCACAAUCACUCCAUGAGGGAGCAUCCAGUCCUGAGAAACCUCAGACUGAGAACGAUGGAGGACUCCGACAAUGCCAUGAUGGUCGCCUGUGAGCAGUCACAGUUUAUGGUCAAUAUGGCAAAACUAAUAAAAGCCAAGAAAGCAUUAGAGAUCGGAGUAUACACAGGUUACAACACACUCAACAUAGCACUGGCUUUGCCUGACGAUGGAGUUGUGGUGGCGUGUGACAUCAGUGAAGAUUAUCCCGAAAUUGGAAAAACCUUCUGGAAAGAGGCUGGAGUCGAGCAAAAGAUUGAUCUGCGUAUACAGCCAGCAGUGAAAACUCUAGAUGAACUCCUUGCUGCUGGACAGGCUAACACAUUUGACUUUGUCUUCAUCGAUGCCGACAAAGUUAGCUAUGACACUUACUAUGAAAAGUCUCUGAAGCUGACGAGGAAAGGAGGCAUCAUCGCCAUCGACAAUGUGCUUUGGGGCGGGAGGGUCCUGAAUCCGUCUCCUGAUGAUGCAGACACUGUGGCCAUCGACAAGCUGAACAAGAAGUUGCACAGAGAUACUCGCAUCAACCUCACUAUGCUCACAGUGGGAGACGGGCUAACACUGGCCAUCAAACUAUAGGAUAGUUCUCUGAUGUGUUCAGUGAUUUACAGGAUUUAGGAGGUAGGAUACACAAGGAGACUGUCAUCUUAAAGUUGGAUGAAUUAUUAUCUGGGGAAUGUGAUGGCUCCUGAAAUAUACUCAUAUUAGUAGUAAGUAGUAUAGUCUGGGCUCAUUAUACUACAAGUUGAUUUGGAUAUUACUAAACACUGGCUUGUGAUAAAACUCGCAUACCUAAGAAAUGCAACGUUCAGUGGACGUGGAUGAGUUUGAUUAAAAAAUGAUAC